GCUACCCUCACCCAAUAUCUCACAAGGCAAAAUGUGCCGGGGCUUCUCCGCCCCAUCUACGCCGUCCACGGCGGUUCUCUCAUUCACCUUCGUCCUUGUCCUCUCGUUCCUCCUCGCCGUGAGUCCGGUGGCCGGAUGGAGGCCGUGGCCUAAGAACAACAAAAUGAACGUCACCGAUUACGCCUUCGGUGACUCCAAGAAAUUCGAGGGAUCAUCGGAGUUCGUGAAGCUGAGGUACCACAUGGGACCGGUUCUGACCACCAACAUUACCGUCCACACCAUCUGGUACGGCAAUUGGGAGAAGAACCAGAAGAAGAUCGUCCGCGAGUUCAUAAACUCAUUCUCCGCCGCUGAGGCGCCACGCCCCUCCGUGGCCGGGUGGUGGCGAACCGUGCAGCUCUACACGGACCAAACCGGAGCCAACAUUUCAAAAUCGGUCCGGCUCGGGGAGGAAAAGAACGACCGGUUCUAUUCCCACGGUAAAUCGCUGACCCGGUUAUCGAUACAGUCGGUGAUUAAGAGCGCCAUCACAACCAAAACGAGGCCGUUACCUAUCAACCCAAGGAGUGGGCUCUAUCUGUUGCUCACAGCCGAUGACGUGUACGUUCAGGAUUUCUGCACUUCGGUGUGUGGGUUCCACUACUUCACCUUCCCUUCCCUUGUUGGUUAUACGCUGCCGUAUGCUUGGGUGGGUAACUCCGCCAAGUUCUGCCCCGGUCAGUGUGCUUACCCUUUUGCCGUACCCGAAUUCAUCCCAAACCGUAAACCCUUCAAGUCACCAAACGGCGACGUUGGGGUCGACGGCAUGAUCAGCGUUAUUGGCCAUGAGAUGGCCGAGUUGGCCACCAAUCCCUUGGCCAAUGCUUGGUAUGCGGGUCAGGACCCGACUUUCCCCGUCGAGAUUGCGGAUCUCUGCGAGGGUAUUUACGGUACGGGAGGUGGUGGGUCAUAUACUGGUCAGGUAUUGGACGCUCGUGAUGGUGCCACGUAUAACAUGAAUGGUAUCAGACGGAGGUUCCUUGUUCAGUGGGUGUGGAAUCAUAUUCUCAAUUACUGUACUGGUCCCAAUGCUCUUGAUCACUGAUCAUCUCAUCAGUGCUAUGUAAAAUGAGAUAUUUCUUCUCUUUUUGGGUUUUCAUUUUGUUAUUUUUGUUUCGGGCUUUUGUCUUGUGGGUUUGUGGUGCUGUCGGAGUUUGUUAAUUUUGUUAA